AUGCACUUCCCCUGCUCCAAGUCGUAUCGUGAAGCUGAUUCUUGCGAGGUCCCAUAUUUAGGUCCAUCGCCCGAACACAAGAGCAGCAUCAAGUGGAGGUCUGCUAUUGGCGUUGACGGCGCCCCGUUCGAGUACUCGUGGAAAUGGAACAGCCCGUCCGGGGGUAAGCCUGACGUUCGCUAUACACUGGAGGCAAUCUCGCAAUUCUCUAGCACGCCGUUAGAUCCAUUAAACCACCACGCGGGAAUCGAGCUGCUGCACCGUGUAGCAUCAGUCGUGCCAUCCAUUGAUCUUACCUGGAUAAACCAUUUCCUCGCCACUUUGUUUGAGCAUGACCGGGGCAAGUAUGCCAACGCGGCAGCAGCAGGCACGCACGUUACCACAAGUAUGAUGCUAGCUGCCGAAUGGCUGCCGGAAGGCCUUAACAUGAAGACAUAUUUUGUUCCGCGUGGCUUGGGAAAGGGGGAUGGAUCGGUGCCACUGGCGCAGUGGGAAGAAUCCAUCGCACAGUUGAUGCCAACGUGCCCUGCACGAGUCGCGCUGCAUGAGUUCCUCAGUACAAACGCCGAGGGCAGAUUGCUGCAGCCUGGGUAA